AUGGCGGAAGUUCUGGGUACAGUCGUGGGCGUGGUCUCUUUGGGACUGCAGGUGUGUUCGGGCCUCAACGUCUACAUCGACGGCCUACAAUGCUGCAGAGAGGAGAUAGAAUCCACCAUACGCCAUCAGAAAUCAUUGGAAACGCUCAUCGCGCAGAUCGAAGCACUCCACAACCGGCGUCAGGCGCCUGGCAUUUGCUCUGCACCGCUUCAGGAGUCCAUGGCAUCAGCUAAAGCUGAGCUAGGACUGCUUGAUGAUUUCAUCAGCAAGGUUUGCGUUGAAGGCGCGAACGGCACCGACAGAUCCGCCGUGAACAUGAUGAAGAUUCAGAAGAAAAGGCUACUGUACCCCUUUCGUAGGGAUCGCUUGGAUCGACUCGUUGCUCGGCUCGACGUGGUCACCAAGGCCCUUCAAGCAGCCCUUCAAGUAUUCGAACUUGAAUCAUCACUCGAGAUGAGAGAGCAAGUCCUCCAGACAGUAUCAAGAUCCGAAUUGACCAUGCUCAAAAUCGAGAGAAAGAUUGACGAGAACGCCUCACUGGCUAAUCUGCCAGAUUAUACGACCAAGCAAGACAUGAUGAAAUUGGAGAAGUUGAUAGUCGAUCUGAUUUCUUCAAGCGCCGCGGGCACGUUGAAAAACAUGGUCUCGAAGCCGAGUGCACUGAAGGUCAUCUGCGACAGCAUGACCAACCCAGAAACGAUGUCCUUGACGGGCGGAUCUUCUCUGGCCUCGUCAGGAACUGUUACAAAUGAGCCUAUCUGCCAAGAGACGAAGAUACGGUCACAGUUCCACUGCACUUGCAACCCGAAGCGUAUCCUACGACGACAGAAGCGAUCGCUCGGGCCGGUUUCCUUUACGAAAGAGGCAGUCACGAAACGGGCCCACGCCAUUGGAUGUCCUUUCGCUGUCUUUAACGUACAUGAUGCCAAUAGCUGGUCUGCUGGUAUCACGUUCAGAGUGUUUCGAGGACUGGUUUCAACAGCUAUCAACAUUUCGCUAUCAAUUACUACGGGGGCCGGCGGAUUUGGGAUGUCUCCUUCAUUUACGUGUUUUCAGAUGCGUCAAACCAGCCCCGCGUUCCAGGUCGUGAAAAUUCUGCUGCUGGCCUCUAACGCGCUACGACGUAAAUCGACCAAUGAAGAGCUUACCAAACUGUUUGAGCGAGGUAUUCACACCCUGAAGAUAGUCAUCACGUCUAGGGCCUCCUCGCCGUUCGACAUUGAUACAAACGGCGGCACUUUGCUGCAUGCGGCAUCCAGCCCAUACGAGGGGAAGUGGACAAACCACCGGCACGAAUUCAUCAAAUUCCUUCUCACAGUUGGCGUUCCACGGGACCGUCCGAACCAAUACGAUGAGUGA